CUAAAUGCGUGGAAAAUAUCUUGGAUCCUGACUCAUACAUUAUCAUCUUCCAAUAAAAAUUGGAUGGAAAGCUAUAACGGUGAGAAUUCUACCGGGUCCGAUUGGAUAAAUUACGGGAUCGUGGAAGAUUUGGCAUUGGAUGAAAUGUUAUCUAGAAGUAAUUAUUCUCAAUCUUCCUACGGUGGAAAUUCUGAAACCUCCUACGGUGGAAAUGGAAAUUUUGUUCUCCCGAAGCUGGUGUUAGCUAAUUAUAGUUCGAUCAUACAAUUUAAAACUAUAAAAUUGCCCAACUUCGUUACGCAACCCCAGGACACCUUCGUGGUUAAACACAAGCCGGCGUUACUGACCUGUUCAUCUGAACAUAGUUCGGACCUACUGUUUGUUUGUAACGGUGAAUCUAUGAAAGGCCAACAGCACCUGAUAAGGCAAAGUAGGGAUCCCAUAACGGGAAACGCCAUCUUAGAAACUGGGCUCGAAAUAGGCCGGGGCAGCGUGGAAGAAUAUUAUGGGUCCGAGGGUUACAGGUGUCAUUGCUUAGCCUUCGGCUUUAACAACAAUCGUAGGCACGAAAGUAUCCAUCGUAUCAACGAAGCGGAUAAUUUGUUAGGAGACGUGGAUAUUAAAACACGCGACAAUCGAGAUUCCUCGAAGAGAAACGGGGAAUAUGUGCUGGAAGAUUCUAAUCGCGAGGAUUCUACGUUGGAAAGAGGCGAGGCCAUCAGCCGACAAGCGCUUGUUAGAGUAGCUAGUAUCAAAAAAUACUUCGAAAAACAACCGGUUUCUAUUUCUGUUGAGAUGAAUUCGACAGUCGAACUGCAAUGCAUGCCACCCUACGGGGUACCCAAGCCCAUAGUUUACUGGACCAAAGAUGGCGUAGCUUUAGACGUUGAAAGGGACCCCAACUUGAUACUCUCUAGCGAAGGAAGCUUGCUAAUAAGCAUGGCCAGCUUAAGGGAUAGGGGUAAUUAUAGCUGCGUGGCCAAGAAUUUGGCUAAUCAAAGAUCCACGGAACCAGCUUCCCUCAACGUUUACGUAAAUGGAGGAUGGUCGCAAUGGAGCGAAUGGCCUUCUUGCUCGGAUAGUUGUUCCAAGGGUUACCGAAAACGUUUCAGAACUUGUACCGAUCCUGCCCCGGUCAAUAAUGGCAAACAUUGCGGGGGAUACUCGACCCAGAGAGAAAAUUGUCAGGAAUAUUGUCCCAUAAACGGUGGCUGGUCCGAGUGGAACCUAUGGUCCGUAUGCAGCGAGGAGUGUUUAAUGUAUCGGAGAAGGGCUUGCACCAACCCCUCGCCAAUGAACGGCGGCAAAAAUUGCUUCGGAACGGAAACCCAAGUUUCAAAUUGUUCGGAGGACUUGUGUAUCAACAACCCCAAUUCUUUAGAUUUUAUGAGAUAUACCAAGCUGAACCAAAAUUAUAUCGGGGUUGACGAUACGUAUAACACGAGAGGUGUCGAUAAUUCCCAAUCUUCCCAACGGACGGUUUCUAAAAAUAUUGCAUUGUACUCGAUCAUAGCUAGCGUUUUAGGAAUCGUUAUAAUAUGCGCUCUUAUUUUUUUGGCGGUUUAUCUGAAGAAAAGACAAGCCAAACAAAAUAACCGGAGAUACAAUUAUGACUAUGGGACGUCAGAUACAUUUAGUCCCUACCUGAAUGGGGCAUCUAAUUUACUCCUGGGUUUAGAGGGAGAUUUAAAAAAGUUUUCCAACUACAUCCCAAAAGAUAAACAUUCAAAAUUUGCCGAAUACGAUGCAAAUACCGAACAAUCAUCUAACACUGCUAUCAAGACUCCUCUUUCCAAAUUCGCCAGAGAAGGCCAAAACGUUUCUACAGCGAUUUUACUUCGAGAUUCUGAUUCGGCUUACAAAUCAAACCAAUCAGAUAAGAGCAGCCUUGGUAUUUCGAAUGGAACUACGGAUAAAUUCGCCAGAGAGCAGAUCUUCAAGCUCGAAAAAUUCUUGCUUGCCAGACAGGCCACGGUUUUCAAAAAUAUUUUAACUACCGAAACAGAUGAUUUGAAGUGGCUUCAACAACAUGGGGAAAAAAAUAAUAAUGAGGCUUAUUAUAGCCAAAAGGACAAAGUCGACAACAAUAAUAUAAAUAUAUAUUCUGAGCCGGCUGAGGUGAUCAAGGUCGACAUUAAAGAUUCUCUCCAAAAUUGCGAAAAGCAGCAACAAAAUUUUCUUAAAGGGUGCAAAGAGUCGGAAAACGAUAACGAUAGUGGAAACGUUAGCCACAGUAGCGAAUUUUACAAUCCUAAGAGAUCUCCUAGGAUGGGAACCCAUCUCGAUAAGCAUUGCAAUAAUCAUUUCUGCCAAACCAAUCCCAGUCACCCUAACUUCCUUGAUUCGGAUCAAAAUGUAGAUAAUAUUCCUUGCAAUAUGGCCACUAAAGCAAUAGUGAUCGAUGAUGGGAAUGAAGUCAGGUUUAGAAAUGCACAAACGUGUUGCCGCGCAACUCUGGCCAAAGAGCACGGUUAUUUAAAUGCGGAUAUUACAAUCGAAAAGGAUGAUCGCGGAGAAAAUUCAAAAUACGACAACAGUAAAUGUAAAGGUUGUUGUAACGGUUGCGAAUCAGAGAAUCACGAAGAGGACCUUGCCUACGCCUCGACCAAUAUAUCACCUAAUCAUGUUAAUACGUAUGAACAUGAUAAUCAAAUGGCUCAAAUUGCUGAAUAUAAUUCUCCCCACAAAAUUCCAGAUGUAUGCGACGUUAACAAUAUAUGUAUCACAAGUGUAGGAUCAUACGGUGGGAUGCUUAACUUAAAAAAUACUGAUAUUUCCUUAUUUAUACCUCCCGGAGCAAUUAAUCAAAGUUCGGAUCAAACGAUCAUACUCUCAACUUGCAAAAGUGAACAUGAUCCCGAACUACAAUCUAAUCAAACCCUGCUCAGUCCUGUGAUUUACAUGGGAGGCCCAUCUGAAAUAGCUCUAACAAAGCCUGCCGUAUUAAAGAUCCCUUAUAAAUCGUUGCCGCCCUCUGAUACGACUAUUUGGGAUUACAAGAUCAUGAUGGGAGAACUGAUUCAUCGCUUGGAUGAGGAUCCAACCGGAAAUAAACACAUCAAACAUAUUCUUAAAUGGAAGAACGUAUUAAACAUUGGACAAGAGACCAUACAAAGUCCCGUGUAUUGUCAUUUUGAUCAAACCGAGCACAACUUGCAUUUACUUACCGAGCAAUUGGCGACGUUCGCUCUGGUUGGCCAAUUUAAAAUUAGCAACGAUUUAGCCAAUCAAAAUUCUUUAUCACGCACCUGCCCAAUUCAUUCGAACGGGCAUCUUAGCGAACACAACAUUGAUAAAGAAUACAAUUCUGCCCAGAUAAAUCUUCAACACAACUUGACCGAUAUUUAUAAAUCUCAUCAACCUUCUGCUAUGAUAGUUCAUCAGUGUGCUAAUCAAAAUCUGAAUAACACAGUCUACAUUCCGGUAGAUAAUCAAAUAUUUAGAAUUCCACAAUCAUUGAAAAGUAAAUUGUGUCAAUUGAUAGAUAAACCACGACAAGAUGGGAGAGAUUGGAGAUUUUUGGCCAAGAUAUUACAUUUUGAUAGAUACAUUCAUUACUUCGCCACUAAACAAAGCCCCACCGAUACCAUUCUAACCUUAUGGGAAUCUGUUGACAAUAAUUACGAUAACAAUAUCUUACAAAAUUCGAAUCCUUCUCAAUAUUCCCUCGUCAAAUUGCGCGCCAUAUUCACGGAAAUGAAUAGAGUGGAAUUAGUCGAAAUUAUUCAAAAUUACGUUCUAUCUACCGCCAAAAAUGGUAAGAUGUGGGUUUGAAAUUUAAGGGAAAUAGAAAGAUGAAACUCGAAUAAAAAUUUGUAGACAUUCGUCGAGGAAUGUAAAGAGCAUUUAAAAAAAGAUACAAAGAAACGCUGCAUUAAAACACCAAAGUCUUCCUACGUUUUUAUAAAAAGAAAUUUUGCUAUAAGCAUAUUAUAUUAUGAAUAUUUCCCAAUGAAAAAUAAAACAAAUUAAUUUUUAAAUA